GCCCCAAUUAAGAGCCUGUGCCUUUUCACCAAGCUAUGGAUCCAGCAAGAUUGACCGCCUAAGUUGAGCUAGAUGUCAUUGAGAGGGUAUAAAUACAAAGACCUCACCACUUUUAUCUUUCCCUCAUCGCGGACCAGUCCUUCAAUAGUUACUCAUACUUCUUACUUCCAAACAACCCCAUUCCUUUUAUUUCAUCAAUUCAAUUAUGAAUACUUACUUUAUUACCCUUUGCACAAUUGCUAUCGCGCUUGCUGCGCAAGCCGGAGCUGAUGGUAUGAUUCCUGAUGUUGGCUCAUUGGCCACUAUCCCUGAGGGUCUACUUGGGAACAUCGUCCCAACUGAUCUCACUGGUGGUCAAGAAGCUGAAACCGAUGGUGCCGAUGAAGCUGAUGACACCGACGAAGGUGAUGAAACCGACGACACUGAUGCGUUGUUGAAGAGAGGUUUACUCUCAUCCGAUCAUAAUGACGAUAGCCUUCUGAGUGUUGAUGUGGACACUGACCCACGCGAAUCGUCCCACAAAGUCAAGAAGGAGUCGCAGGAUGAUGGCCUCUUAGGCAGUCUUUUAAAGCGAGGAUAUACACCCUCCCACUCUUCCAAGACUGAGGAUUACGAUUCCGAUUCUGCCACUUCGCCAACGAGUGAUUCACCCCAGGAAGAUGAAUCGUCUGACUCACCAUCAAUGGAUGGAACGGACGCUUCACCGACUGGUGGAAAGAGUGGGAAGCACAAAGGAUACGCACCUUCCCACUCUUCCAAGACUGAGGAUUCCGAUUCCGAUUCUGCCACUUCGCCAACGAGUGAUUCACCCCAGGAAGAUGAAUCGUCUGACUCACCAUCAAUGGAUGGAACGGACGCUUCACCGACUGGUAGAAAGAGUGGGAAGCACAAAGGAUAUGCACCUUCCCACUCUUCCAAGACUCAGGAAUACGAUUCCGGUUCUGCCACUUCUCCAAUGAGUUCUGCACCAAUGAUAGGUGGAAUGCCUGGCUUACCAUUGAUCGGUGGCAUGGGCGUUUCACCGAUGGGUGGAUUGAGUAAAAAGCCCAAACUACCUGGAAUGCUCGGUAUGCCCGGUAUGGGUGGAGCCCGUGGUAUGCCUGGACUGCCUGGACUGCCUGGUAUGCCUGGUAUCCCUGGAAUGUCUGGAAUGUCUGGAAUGUCUGGAAUGCCUGGAAUGGGUGCCUCACCGACGGGUGAUAGCGGUGAGGUCACUGAUGCAACAAGCCACGAAUCCAAACAGCACAGCAGUCAUUACACCAGAGGAUUGCUCUCGAGCGCCCUACCAGCUGGGCAACUCACUGAUAUCCUUCCUCUUGGUGGUUCCAAUGGGUUUUUGAAAGUCCGUCGUUCUAACGAAGAAUAGAUGUCUCUCGCGCGGUAUUUUGGUGAUUGGUUCUCGAUUCAUCUUUACCAUUUUGCUUUGUUUUUGUCCGACUUAAUUUAUUUGUCCUGAGCUAUCAAGCAGCUUCUACGCUGUGUGCAUUUGUAAUUGGGUGAUGGUAUCAUUUUAAUGAGAAUCACUCUUUCUUACCCCUCCGAGUUGGUGGCUAGCCUGCUAUCAAUUGGCCAGGAAACCUUGAUCACCAUUUGGAUUUCCUCUUGAGCAAAAAGCACGUGACUCGACACCACGCUUUUUU